AUGAUUACAUUUUCAAGUGCAAUAUGUGGUACCAAUAUUCUUGAGGUUUUUGAGAAACAGAUUGAUUCACCUGCUGAUGCCAACAAAGGUAGCACCAUGGGCACUGGCACAGUAGCAUUGAGACAAGAUUCAAAGUUCAUUAACGAAAAUGCAACAAUGAUGGGUUCACCACAACAACCAACAACUAUUGAAAACCUCCCAAACGAGCUUUUAUCAAACAUAUUCAUUCGCUUAUUGGCCAAACAGCUUGCUCAAAUGAGAUCCAUCUCUAAAUCUUGGAAUUCCCUAUUAUCUAAAUCCUCCUUUGUAAAAACCCAACUCCAUCAUUCCAUCUUUAACAAAGAUAAAACUCUCUUUCACUUCUCUGAUGACCAUUAUUAUGGCUUCAAACUCUCGGUUAACCCCAAUCCCCAACUCAGUAGUUUCAUCAAACUUCCACCUAACCCCGAAUCUCCACAUACAAGCAUCAGAGUUAUUGAUUCUGUCAAUGGCUUGAUAUGCUCUUCCUACAGUGAUUCCAUCAUUCAGAUUUGGAACCCUUCACUCUCUUCCAUCCUAACUCUUCCGUCAUAUUCUGUAUCAUCUGAUGGUUAUGGUUGGAUCAAAAUCUUUUUCCGGUUUGGGUUUGAUCCAAAAACUGAUGAUUACAAAGUUGUGAAGCUUACAGCUUUUGCCAAUGGAUUCCGUGUUAAAUGGUGGAUGGACGUUGAGAUUUAUAGCAUGAAAAAGGGUUCCUGGAAGUUAAUCACUGAAAGGUUUCCAUUACACAUCACAUGGAUUGAUGAGAACGAUGUUGUUUGUGCUGAUGGCCAUGACGGGCAUCUUCAUUGGCUUGGUUGUACGAAUGGGAAGGAAGAUACAAAAACGAUAGUGGCAUUUGAUUUCGGUUCAGAGACAUUCCGUGAGAUACCUCUUCCAGAUUCUACACUAAAUCAUAACCACAUAAUGGUUCUUUUAGGAGUUUUGGGGGAAAGCUUUGUGUGA